UGAAGCCACAGAUUUCCGCUUUACUUGCUUCGACAUCGCCUUUUGACCGAAUGAAGCAUCACGCCGUAUGAAGGUGUCAAAGAGGCAAUAAAAUGGCAGUGACAAUAUUUCACGGUAGUGGAAAUUUUCGGCGCAACUAGUUGAAGAAAUCAAUUCUAUGCCCGGUUCACUUCGGCGGUUACCAACCUCCGAGGGUCGGAAAGCGGGUGAUGUUCGACCAUGACGGUUCAUAAACAUUUCAGUAUGCAAAAUGAAAGUAAGGGCUCUCUAUUAAUGAGGUGCGAGCUGUCAGCUAGGAUCGCUAUGCAGACAGAAUCUAGGACUGAUUCAACCCACGGUGAAAUGUCGAAUUUAUCGUCUAAAUUCAGCCUAGCACUGAUAUUAUUCAUACACCAUAUUCGUAAUCGAGAAAAUUUGACAAGUUACAGUAUUAUUCUCACUUUAAACCGGCCUGCUGUUAAGGCUGUCAUUCUGCGAUGAUACAGAGACCAUUCCUUACGCCCCAGCCUAAAAAAAAAGAUAAAAAGAUUAAAAAUAAAAGGACUCUCAGGACGCUCUGACAAACAAUGGCGCCUUGUGGGGUGUGUUUAGUCACAUGGCUCCUAGUUGACAAGAGCCUGCUUCGGCGAACAUCGUACUCUCUCGUAUAUUUACGUGUAUGUUAUGCCAAGAAGGUUUUCGUUCUUAAUUUAAUCUCUUUCAUUGUCUUAAAACUUUACAGCACGUUGGAGUCCCCUUUGGCGGUAUUCUUUCAUUGCUACAACUAUAAAACUUAUCGACACUAUCAAAAAAUUGUAUACGAAAGAAAAAGUUGA